CUUCAAAAUACAAAGCAUAGUAGAUUGUAAUGUCAAAUCUGCGCAAUCAAAUCUUCUAGUGUGUUUUAGAAAUAAGAGAGACUGGUGCUUGGUAUUUUGACGUUUUGGAAUGCACCCUAACUUUGUCGCUUAGCGUGGGGUGCGAAGUGGAACGCGUGGCAAAUGGCAAUGAAUUAAGGCUUAUCAUUGUUAUCGAAUUAAACUAAUUUUGUGUAUGCAAUUUUUAAAGAGAUUAACUACGUAAACGUGGCGUAACUGUUUGGUGCAUUAUUAUAGCUUUGCGUUUUAUUUAAUUCAUUCGCGUUUUUACCUGUAUAAAGUGGUCUGAAGGCGACAUGCUUAAGAGGCAAUUGCAAAGUAUUUAUCGAAAUCUCAACAAACGAGUUCUUGCAACCAAUGGGCAUCAUUCAGUAUUUCUAUUACGUUGUUUAUCUGCGCAAGCUCCAGCGGCCGUCAAAUCGCAUAACUUUCAUCCUGCUCAUCUGCACUUUAUCGGCAGGACUCCAUUAGUCUAUCGGAGUAUUGGCCAGGAGCUGGAACGUGCCGCUGCUGAAUAUGGCAAUACGGAAUCCAUUGUUUCAUGUCACGAAAAGAAGCGAUAUACUUAUCGCGGGCUCCUCGAGGAAGCCGAUCGUGUUGCUGCCGGCUUGCUGAAGCUUGGCUUGAAACAAGGCGACCAUGUUGGUAUUUGGACGCCAAAUAACGCACACUGGUAUCUGACGAUGUUGGGUGUAGCACGCGCCGGAUUGGUGUCGGUGGGCAUAAAUCCAGCAUUUCAAGGUCCCGAAGUCGACUACUGCUUAAAAAAGGUUAAAGUGAAAGCGGUGAUAAUGCCUGAAACAUUUAAAACUCAAAAUUUCUAUGAGAUUAUGAAAAGUAUUUGCCCAGAGUUGCCAGACAGUGUUGAUGGAAGCAUCAAUAGCGCCAGCUUGCCUCACCUAAAGCGUGUCAUCGUCGACACAGGCAGCACUUUGAAAGGCGCGCUAAGCUAUGACGAAUUACUCGGCCUGAGUAGUCUAGCCGAGCGCGAGUUUAUCACAAAGCUACAACGCCAUAUCGUACCUGAUAGCGGGUGCAACAUCCAGUUUACCUCUGGCACAACUGGUCAGCCAAAGGCAGCAGUAGUUUCGCAUUACAACUUCGUGAACAACGGCAUACACAUAGGUAAUCGUAAUGAACUGAACAGCACAUCACGCAUCUGCGUACAGGUUCCACUUUUCCAUGCGUACGGAGUGGUCAUCACAAUAAUGGCCGCUAUGACUCAUGGCAGCACUUUGGUUCUACCAGCAGCCGGUUUUAGUCCAGCCGACUCGUUACGCGCCAUUGUUGACGAAAAAUGCACAGUUAUCCAUGGCACACCCACAAUGUAUGUGGAUCUCAUCAAGAAGCAGAGAGAGUUGCAGUUGCCAUUGAAGACCGCAAAAAUGGCUGUUACCGGCGGAGCGCCAUGCUCGCCACAACUCUUCCUCGACAUUAAGAAUGUGCUUGGUUUGGAACACGUGCGUACCGUUUUCGGUAUGACUGAAAGCACAGCAGUGAUUUUUCAAUCGCGUCCUGGUGAUAGUAUGGAGCAAAUUUUAAAUACCGUAGGUCAUUUGCAGGAUCAUGUUGAAGCCAAGGUGAUCGAUGCUGAAGGUAAAACCGUGUCCUUCGGCGAGCGUGGAGAACUUUGCGUGCGUGGUUAUGCUACAAUGCUGGGCUACUAUGAUGAUGAGGCGAAAACGAAAGAGACCAUCGGACGUGACAAAUGGCUGAGAACUGGCGAUCAAUUUAUUCUGCAAGAGGAUGGUUAUGGUCGCAUUGUGGGACGCCUGAAAGAGAUGAUCAUACGUGGAGGAGAAAAUUUAUUUCCGAAAGAAAUUGAGGAUUUUCUAAACACACAUCCGCAAAUUUGUGAAACUCAUGUGAUUGGUGUUCCAUGUGAACGUUUCGGUGAGGAACUGUGCGCCUUUGUACGAUUGGAUGAUAGCUCUGCGAAGGUAUCACGUGAGGACAUUAAGGCAUUCGCUAAAGGAAAGUUGGCACACUUUAAGAUACCACGUUAUGUGAUACAAAUUAAGAAUUUUCCGAAAACUACAUCGGGUAAAAUACAGAAAUUCAAGCUCGCCGAAUUGUACGAAAAGGAGUACAGAACAAAAUUAGUAUCGAAGAUAUGAAUUAAAAACUGGCUGCAGCGAAAAAUGCAUGCAUUUAUUAGUUGUUAUGAGUGUAGAAUUUUAUAUUGCAUGUAAAAAUGUUUUUUUGAUAAAUUUUAUUUUUAAUGUGAAAAAAUUA